CGUCCGGCCACCACAAGCUCCACCGGAAAAACUCACUCCUUUGUUUUCCCAACCCCUUUCCGGUUUUCCACGCGUCCCCCCUUUUCGCGCCCCGCCCGGCCUCCCCCCUUUCCAGCCAGUUUAAAAGCCACCCGCCCACGCACCAGACCUCACCACCCUCCCCGUCGCCGCACAGAGCACGGCACGCACGCACGCACGCUCCCCUCAGCUCACGCUCUCGCAGCUCGCAGCUCGCCACACCAUGCAGAUCCUCCGGCUCCUUGCGGCGCGGCGCAGUGCCGCGUCGGCCGUGGCUGCGUCCGAGCGCCGGGACGGCGAGGGCGAGGACGAGGGGCCCUUCUUCGACCUCGACUUCGCCUCCUGCUCGCUCCGCGACUCCUCCUUCAGCUCCAGCUCCGGUGCGCUCUCGGGCUCCGACUCCGACUCCGACGAGGAGCUCGACUUCGUCAUCUCACUUCAAAGGAGCCGCUCCGCCUCGGAGCCGCAUUCCAAGGCCAAGCCCGCCGGCCGCAAGCGCGGCAUCGGCGGCCUGCGCACGCUCAGCUUCGGCGCCAGGAAGGCCGCGCCGCUCUACGGCGUCGGCCGCCGCAGCUUCGCCCGCAGCAGCUCCGCCAGCGCGCGCUCGCUCCGGCUCUUCAUGGCGACGCCCCACCCCGAGGAGGACGAGCACGAGCGCGCGUCGGAGCCCGCCGGCAGCAGGCGCGCGCCGUCCCGGGACGUGAUCAGGAGGUACCUGGCCAAGAUCUCGCGGCGGCUCCGCACGGCCGCGAGCCCCCGCGCCGAGGCCAGAGGCCUCCGUCGCCUGCGCAAGUGCCGGUCGGCGUCCUCGGCUGUGGCCAGCUCCGCGCCGCGCCGCGACGACGACUCGGCCGUCGAGAAGCAGGACGGCAUCGCCGGCGCCAUCGCACACUGCAAGGAGUCCAUCCACCGGGCCUCCAUGUCCGACUGCGAGUUGCCGCUGCUACGGUCUCGGAGCGACCCGGGGAAAUGCGACGCCGCGUAGCUCGUCCCCGUCGCCGAGCGUGGAAGCUUCUCGCUGAACUUCAUUCAGCGAAGAUGAAACAGAGUAGAAGCAGAGCGUCAAAGUGGCAAGAAAAUCUUUGCGUGUUUGUUUAUGUGUGUUGUGUGUGCUUCAAGAUCCGUCCUAGAGUUUGUAGUUUAUUAUAAGGAUUUUGGUUAGGUGUAAGCGUGGGAAAAAGAGCUCUUUUUAGGCUCCUUUAACCCCCAAUCACAGCCCAUCUCAUGGUCUCAUUCAUGCAUGUAGAUGAACGUGGAUUGUAGCUGUUGCGUUGCGUCCCUCCUUUGCUGUCUCUUUUCCUCCUCAUUUCCCCUCAACUUUGUGUGCUUGCUUUGUAGAAGUACUCGUGUGUACAUGUGAAAUGUAAGUUGCAACAUGUCGUACUACA